AUGUCAGUGUCCAUGCGAAGUCAAUCUCCUCCCAAAGCACUCGCCCAACCCACAUAUGCGGAUGAGGGUAAGGUUUCAGUGUCUAUCGACUUCGGUACUACCUUCUCGGGAGUGGCAUAUGGCUCGUCGCGUAUUGCCGGUGGGAAAGUCCAGCAGAUUCUGAAUUGGCCGGGCUCUUUCGAGACGUUCAGGAAGAUCCCGACGUGCAUACUCUACGACCAGCAUGGCGAGGUUAUGGCGUGGGGCAUCGAGGCGAAGAAUGCCGGACCUAUGCCGGGCGCGGUUAAGUGUGAAUGGUUCAAGCUCUUCCUCGAGCCCCAUGCACUGCGAGAUCAGUCUAGUGUCGAUCCUCGCCUUCCCACGCUCCCGCCUGGCAAGAAAGCCAUCGAUCUCAUCAUCGACUUCCUCUCUUGUCUUUGGGAUUAUGCCAAGCAACAGAUUACACGCGAAAUCGGUGCGGUGGCCGACCUCGACUCGGCGGACGUAUGGCUCACUGUACCGGCUGCAUGGGAUGCUACCGGCUGCCAGAUGAUGAGAGAUGCCGCGAUUGCUGCGGGCCUUGUUCGCUCUGCCCGAGCCGGAGACCACGAAUGGAGGGAACGCCUGCGCAUCAUCAGCGAGCCGGAAGCGGCAGCAGUGCACUGCGCCAACCUGACGGACGUGCACAAGCUCUCCGCUAGCCAGAACUUCAUGAUUUGUGACGCCGGUGGUGGUACUGUCGACCUCGCUGUUUACAAGAUCAUCGGCAUGCUCUCCAGUCUGGAAAUAGCAGAGAUGUGUGCGCGAUCUGGAGCGAACUGUGGUUCGCUUUUCCUCGACCUCCGGUUCAAGGAGUUGAUGAAGGCGCUCCUCGCGGACCACCCGGCGCAUCUCGACUCCAUCAGUCUCGCCAACUUUAUGGAACACUUCAGCGAGACCGAGAAGCUGCGCUAUAUGGGCGCCGAAGAUGACGACAAAAUGUUCCACUUUACGUGUUUCAACGUCGAAGAUCCGGACGAUUAUGCGGUCGGCUUGGUGAACGGCGAAGUCGCCAUUCCCGGCAACCUCCUUCGGCGAGAAGUGUUCGAUCCGGUUGUUGGCCAGGUCGUCGACCUGAUCGAAGCCCAGACCAAGAAGGUCGAUCAACGGCUCGACGCGCUCCUUCUCGUGGGAGGUUUCUCAGGCAGCGAGUACUUGUUCCGCAGAGUCAAGGAGCAAUUCGGAUCUCGAAUCCGCGUCAUCGCGCGCCCUGCCGACUGCGACACCGCGACCGUGCGCGGCGCGGCGCAAUACGGUCUCGCGCGGCGGCCGCUCGUGUCGAGCGUCAUCGCGCCGUCGGCUUACAUGCUCAAGGUGAAAUUGCCCGCGGAGCAAGAGGAUUGGCUCAAGCGGCCCGCCUAUAUUCGGGAGAACGACGCUGGUGUGUCGAUUUGUGAGAACAGGAUACAAUACCUGGUCGCGAAGGGCGCCAUUCUGCGUAAAGGACAACGCAUCAAGACGACGUUCUGCAAGUUCUCACAGACCGCGAGUGAUCGGCAGUUCGUCGCGACAUUGUAUACGUCGGAGACCGAUAAGAUCAUGCGGUACACAGAUGAGGGCGAAAUCACGGAGCUGUGCAAGUGGACGAUCGAUCUUGGCGCGCUGCCGAGCUUCCAGCAGAACGCGAGCGUGCCAAACGCGAACGGCUUCUACACCGAAUUCGAGCUCGGGCUGGAGCUCGACAGCGCCGAGGUCCGCGGCGUGCUGAUCUACCACGGUCAAGACUGGGGCCGCGUCGUGUUCGACUAUCGCACAUGA